UUCCUUAUGUAUUUUGCUUCCCUCCUGCCAGUGUACAUCAUAUGCCUUCAGCAUCAGUAUUAUUGGUUUAGCACUGUGUUGUGUUUCUGCUUUUUAAGGAUUGAUUACCACAUUUCUAACCAUUCCUCUAAAUGGGCAACAAAGCUACAGCUUUUGGAAAUGAACUAUGGCAUUGAGUAAUUCAGUUGCUGUCCUUUUAUUUCCAAAGGAACUGUUUCACGUAGAAGAUGAUCUUGAGGAAGAUGAUGAGACUGAAGAGGAUGAAGAUGAUAGUGGUGAUGAAGAAACAACACCUACCAGAAAAGUAGAAGCAGAGCCACAGUCCAGGAAUGCCAGUGUAGAUCAAAGACAGAAGCCUGAAAAUAAUUUGACAGAUUCUUCAAAACCAGAAAUAAAGAGUACGGUUGAAAAGCCACAAAAUGGUAGAGAUACAAAUCAGGAUUCACCAGCAGAGAACAGUAAACCCAAAGGUUUCUUUGGAAAAAAUAGAGGGAAUUCCCUAUUCAGAAGAAAGUCAUCCAUGGAAAACAAAACGUCAGAUAAAAGAAACAAAUUGAAUAUGGAAGACGGUCAACAGAAUGAACAACCAAAAUUUAACACAUCUAGUCAAGUUGAUGGUAAAACCAUGAAUGAUAAUUUCUCCAGUAAAAAUAAAGACUCUACAGAGUUGGACAGUACUGAGCAUAAUCCAGUUUCUCAAGAUAAGAAAUCCCAUUCCUCCACUUGCAUUAUACUGUGAAAAAUGUAACAUAGGCCUAUGUUGUGAUAAAUGUUGGCUUGAGUUUCUUAGAAAAAGGUAAUACAGAGUGUCACUGUACACUGAGAAUGGAUACAUUUGUAUUACCCAUAUUCUAUUUUAUUUUAUGAGCCUGAUGAACAGUGAUUUGUAGUUCUCUUCAAAAGUGCCAAACAUUUAUACAUCAGUUUUUCUUGAAGAAGUCCAUGUAAUAUUUUCAUGGAUAAAAAAUUAUUUUUAUCAUUGUAAACUGAAUUCCAGGAAUGUAUUUCAGUAGGUGUGUAAAUUAACAUUCAAAGGAAUGAAUAGAAAGGAAAUCAAAAUACUUAAUGAAGCUUGAUUUAAAUAACUGUGUGUAUGUAUGUA